CGGAAAUCGACGUGAAAUACUACUAAUGAUGAACGAGGUGUUUCGCCAGUUUAUUUUUCCCAACUUCCUAUUCAACAGUUAAAGUUCCUAUGAUGUCGGAACAAUUAAGGAAUGACAUCAGGGAAAGGAAACUGAGAGUAACCCUUUUGAGUGCUGAAUGGAAAGCAUCAAGUGAUGGAGACUUGACAACCAUCAACAGAGAGCUAGCAAUACAGAUGGCUAAACAUCCCAAUGUGGAAGUCAGUGUUUUCUUACCUCAGUGUAGUGAGGAGGACAAGAAAGAUGCUGAUAAUUACAAUGUUAAACUCAUUAAAGCAGUUAAACUGCCUGGUUUAAAACCAGUUCUUUGGCUAGCCUGUGUACCUGAUGACCAUGCUAUGGAUUGUGUAGUAGGACAUGGAGUAGCUCUUGGUCAGCAAAUUCCACUCAUAAAGAAAAAUCCAAAUUACAGUCAUUGCAAAUGGAUUCAAGUUGUCCAUACUGCCCCUGAAGAAAUUGGCAUGUACAAAAACAUUUCUGAAGGUCAACAAAUGCAGCAAACAGAGAUAGAACUAUGUGAAAUGGCUGAUCAAGUUGUAACAGUUGGCCUCAAGCUAACUGAAGCAUAUAAGAACCAACUCGGAAAAAAAGAUGUUUUUAACCUGACGCCAAGCAUUCUCUCUGAAUUUUCAGAUGUGCAGCAAGCUAAUGAUGAAAGAAGAACAUUUUGUGCCUUGGUUAUUGAGAGUGGUGAUAGUGAAGAUUUUGAUGUUAAAGGAUACAAAAUUGCAGCAAAAGCUAUUGCUAACCUGAAGGAUAAAUCUUACCAACUCAAGUUUGCUUCUAAACAGAGUGGAAAAGAAGAUGAAUUAAAACACAAGUUACUUCAGUGUGGUAUUGAUCAUAAUCAGCUAAUUAUCUGCAGCUUUGAUGAAAACAGGAAAACGUUAGCUAACUUAUUCUCUAUGGUGGAUAUUGUUCUAUUGCCCUCAAAAACUGAGGGAUUUGGGUUGAGUGCUCUCAAAGCCAUAUCUGCUGGUCUUCCAGUACUUGUCAGUGGUAACUCAGGAAUUGCAGAAGCCUUAAGGGAGGUGCCUAUUGGGUCCCAGUGUAUAGUGGAUUCAGAGGAUCCUGCAGACUGGGCCAGAGCAAUAAAAGUUGUGCGUAACAAAAAAAGGAAUGUACGACUUAGAGAGGCUAAGAUUCUCCGUGGAAACUAUUUGCAGCAGUUCAGCUGGGAGGAGCAUUGUGAUUUCCUUGUUACAAAGAUGUGCAAUCUAGCAUUUGGUGGUGAAAUGAAUAUUAAGGUUGAUGUGGAUGACUUGGAACCUGAAAGACAGAAUAUGCAGACUGGCAUGUUGGCAACAGAGUCUGUCAGAUGCCAAGAAGUUCAGCAGGGUAGAGCAUCUACUACAUCAGCUGCAUCUGUAAGUGUGUCCUAUCCACAGACAGUAGAUCUCCAGACUCUUAAAGAGGAACUCUUUAUAUCAAUCGUUAGAAAUUAUCUCCAGACCACACCACCACGUUCCAGUGAAGAGCACAAUAAGUUUAAAGAGUAUGUAAAAGAAAUGAGGCUCAUCAUUACUGGUACCUCUUUAGGAAGUUUAGUGAUAACUGUGAAGUGUGAAUCUCUUAAGAUCUUGGAGGGCUUGUGGACAGAUUACUCAUCUGGUCAUCUUGGUGAAGUGGUUCAGAAUUGUUUUGUAACUGAGAAGAUCUUGAAGGAACUGAACCUGGCUGAGCUGAGGCUGAAGACAACAAUGGACAUAGAAGAGUACAAUGCAUGCAAAAUGUUCUUUGAGAAAGAUGCACUUAGAGAUGCUUUAUCCUCUGAAUUCCACUCCACAAGUUCAACCAGUGAAAGUCCACUAACAAAAGAACAAUGGGGAAAAAGUGAACAGAAGACAAAGAUUAUGGAGACGGCAAAAUUGGAAGAUCAGAAAUUAAACAUCAAAGUUGAUGUGGAACAUGUGAAACGUGCAGAUCAAGAUGCUUACAAUACAGCUUCAGUUUUAGCUUUGGAGCCAACAGGAUAUCAGAAGGCAUCUACUUCACCCCUCACUGUAAAACCCACCACUGGUCAUGAAAAAGAACUUAUAGGAAAAGCACAGGGAAGGAAAGGCAUGCUGCCUCUUCAUGGAUCUUACACCUCUGAUCCUGAAGAAGAACUAGAAGAGCUACGUAUGAAACUUCAAAGUAUGAAAGGUUCUUCAUCUCCUCCUCUUCUUUCCACCAUUGAUCUUGAAGAAAAACUGAGGAGAGUAUGUGUGAACCUUAAGAUGCUUAGAGUGGAAGGUGGUUUUCCUGUCCUUCUAUUUUCAACCAUUGAUCUUGAGAAAAAACUAGAUGAACUAUGCAGUAAGUUUCAGAUGCUCAGAAUGAAAGGUACUUUGCCUCCCCCUGGACUCUUUACUGCUGAUCUUGAAGAGGAACUUAAGGGACUUCGUACAGAACUUAACAGACUCAGAAUGAAAGGUAGCUCACAUCCCCUCGUUUCCACCACUGAAGUACAACUCGACGAACUACUCAAGCAACUUCAGAAAUGGAAGAAGGAAGGUACUUCACCCCCCAUUGUGGUACCGACCACUGGCAUGUUGCCUCUUCCUGGAUUUUCCACCUUUGAUCUUGAAGAAAAACUAGGAAAGCUAUGUGAGGAAAUUCGAAUAAUGGAAGGUGAAUAAAAAUGUGCUGUUAAAUUAAAUUUUGUGGUAAAACUAAACCAAGAAUGCUUUUAAAUACAUUUAGUUCUCAUUCAAAAUAUUUGUUUUUUUAAAGGAAAUUUCACCCAAUUUAGUUUUCCCUCACUCUGUGUUUUGCUAGAAGGGAAUAUUAAGAUGGUAGAGGCUGAGGAUGGUGAAACAGUAUAUAAUGAUAAACUAAGUUUUUUCGUUGUUGAUCUUAAA